CGAACACAGACCCCUCUCAGUCACUACCUCUUUAUGAUCUCCUCAUCUUAGGGGCUUCAGGUUUCACUGGCAAAUAUGUUGUCAAAGAAUCUUUCAAGUUCCUCAACGUCCCUUCUUCUCCUCUCAAAUCUCUUGCCCUUGCUGCUCAUCCUCAAUUGUGUCGGCCCUUUCGCCUCCUUGGCGAGACUGUUGUAGCUGCUUGUUCAGAAACUGGGUGUGAUUACCUGGACAUAUGUGGGGAGCCUGAGUUUAUGGAGAGAAUGGAUGUGAAGUACCAUGAGAAGGCGAUGGAGACAGAUUCUUUAGUGGUUUCUGCUUCUGGGUUUGAUUCAGUUCCGGCUGAAUUGGGAUGGAUGUUUAAUUCCAAGCAGUGGGUGGUUCCGGCUGCACCAAGCCAAAUUGAGGCCUAUUUGAGCCUGGAGUCAGAUAAAAGGAUCGUUGGGAAUUUUGCCACGUAUGAAUCGGCAGUUCUGGGAGUGGCCAAUGUCGAGCAGUUGGUGGAACUGAGGCGAUCAAGGCCCAAAAGAGCAAAGCCAGCGAUUCCUGGUUCCUUUCCUCCCAAAGGACCAAUGAUAGAUCAUCAAAAGGAGAUUUGUCUUUGGGCUGUGAAGCUACUUUCUGCAGAUUCUGUUGUUGUUUGCAGAACUCUUACAACUCUGACAGAAAACCCUCGUGGUCUUCCUGGGGUCAAUGAGAGUCCUGAACAGAUAAAAAAGAGAGAGGCUUUCUGGUCAACAAUAAAACCUGCCCAUUUUUCGGUGAAGCUAGGCUCUAAGACACUACUGGGAAUCUUACGAUUCAUUACAGUUGGCAUGUUCAUUAGCCUCUUGGGUAGAAAUGCUAUUGAGAGGUGGCUUCUCUUAAAGUUCCCUUCAUUUUUUAGCCUUGGUUGGUUCAGGAAGAAGGGUCCCUCAGAAGAUGAGGUGAGAAGUGCUUCAUUCAAGAUGUUGUUUAUUGGACGUGGUUUUAGCGACACAAAUGUUUCUCAGGACAGAAUGAAACCUGACAUGGAAAUAAUAACACGAGUAAUGGGACCUGAGAUUGCCUAUUUAACCACCCCAAUCAUCUGA